UCCAUCUCGGCCACCGUGAACCAAACACGUCUGUCAAACACGACACAAACAGCGUCUCAUCAGUAGAUUGGUCACGCUGAUCGUCAGAUAUGGAAGCGGCAUCCUCCAGCUCCAGUGAGUGCAGAUACAGUUAUGACGAAUAUAAGGAGACAGCAGACUGGCUUCUGGCCCACACAAAGCUGCGUCCUAAAGUAGCCAUCAUCUGUGGUUCAGGCCUGGGCAGUCUGGGUAAUCUGCUGGGUGACACCGAUGUGUUCCCAUAUAAGGAUAUUCCACGUUUUCCCAUCAGCACUGUGCCGGGCCAUGCUGGUCGGCUGGUGUUUGGGAGGCUGCAGGGCUGUGAGUGUGUCUGCAUGCAGGGGAGAUUCCACUUCUACGAGGGUUACGACAUCCACACGGUGACGUACCCGGUACGAGUCUUCAAGUUGCUGGGUGUGGAAACUCUGAUUGUGACAAAUGCAGCGGGGGGAGUCAAUGGCAGCUACAAUGUGGGAGACAUCAUGCUCAUUAAGGAUCACAUCAACAUGCCGGGCUUUGCAGGGCAGAACCCGCUUUGUGGGCACAAUGAUGACAGGUUUGGAGUGCGUUUCCCUUGCAUGUCAGACGCAUAUGACCGUGAGCUGAGGGCUCUGGCCAAGCAAACAGCAGAGGAGCAGGGCUGCGGUAGCUUCCUGCAGGAAGGAGUUUACUGCAUGCUGGCUGGACCGACAUAUGAGACCAUUGCAGAGUGCAGAGUCCUGCAGACGCUGGGGGCUGAUGCUGUGGGUAUGAGCACAGUGCCAGAGGUGGUGGUGGCUCGGCACUGUGGCCUUCGUGUCGCGGGUCUGUCCCUCAUCACCAACAAGGUGGUGACAGAUUACGGCAGCACUGAGAAGGCAAACCACGAGGAGGUGCUGAGGACCACCGAGCUCAGAACCCAGGACCUCCAGAGACUCGUCAGCAACUUGAUCACCAAGAUCUAGUACCUUCAUCUGAAAAUCAACAACAACUAACAAAUUAUUUUCCAGGCUUACACUUAAAUCUUUGGUGACUAACCCUAGCCUUGAACAAAAGUUAAAAGUAUGUGCAGAUGGUGAACUCUCACAGUGUGGAGAAGUUAUUACGUAUUUGCAUAUAGAUUGGGCUAUUGUGGGUAACUGGAGAGUGAUUGAGAGUUAUUUUCAGGUCGAGGGCAGAGUAAAGAAAAUUGAUAAAUGUUGACAAUAUAGUAUGUGUCUAGUUUGCUAUUCAGUGCUAUCACUUCAAGACAUCCGCAACCCUCGAUUCUCACAUUCAUAGAAACCUGAUACAAAAUAUUUCUGAAAGCUAGCUAAAUUUGUUCUUUAAAGGUGCAUCUAUAAAUAGAAACGUCAACAAUUAGCCAGUUAGCCAUUAAUCUAAUAGGUUUAACCUAUUGAGGCCUAAAACUGCCUGUAAAAUCAGCCCCUAAAACCUGAAGUUUUUCUGUAAAUUCAACAGAAGUGUCAACGCUUCUACUAAAUAAUAGAUUUUUCAGCCUCUGU